UUCAGUUUACACAGUACUAAGAUGAGACUGAAGCAAGGAUCAUUUCUGUGGUACCUCUAUCUGGACAAAAUAUACUGCUUAUUAUCCGUGAGAAAUGUGAAGGCUUUGGCAGAAUAUUUUCACAUUCUGGAUGUGCACGGCAAGAACACCUUGAAUGAUGUGCUGUUCUAUCACUUCCUUCAUCAUGUGACUGACUUGAAAAAGGCACAGAUCAACAUUGUGUUUGACAUGCUGGACUGGAACGCUGUGGGCGAGAUCGGCUUUGAGCAGUUCUACAUGCUGGUGUGCAUGCUGCUGGCCCACCAGAACCAUUUGGAAGGACAGUUUAUGUGUCGUCAUUCCCGGCCUGUCUUUGACCUGCUUGACCUGAAAGGGGAUCUGAGAAUUGGUGCAAAACACUUCGAAAUGUACAGAUUUCUCUUCAAUAUUCAAAAACAGGAACUCAAAGAUCUCUUCCAUGAAUUUGACAUUACAGGUGACAAUCGUCUUAAUUAUCAGGAAUUUAAGCUGUAUACAAUCAUCUACAUUGACAAAUUACAGAAGAGGCAGAAAACAGAGGAGAAAGAAAAAGGAGAGAGAAAGAGAAGUCUCUACUCAAAGAAAUGUCACAUCAAGUAG